AUGUCAAUCGGUUCACUAAUCAUUCCAUCGAUCGACCAGAAAAUGAGCCAGCAGCAAGAGCAGCAACAGCAGCAACAGCAGCAACCGCCACCGCCAGCUGCAGCGCCGCCGCCGCCACCACCACCACCACCACCACCACCGCCGGCACCACACCUCGGACCCGUGGCACUCGCCCUGCCAGCACUGCCCCCUCUCGCCCUUCCCCCUCCAGCACUGCCCAACCUCGCCCUCCCCCUCCCCCCUCCAGUGCUGACAGGCGAGUUGGCGCUGCAGCCGGGUGUGGCGUGGAGUCCGGUACGAGGUGUAGAGAUGGGGUAUGGUAUUGGUGCCAGCAGAAGAAAGGCCCUCGCGUUAUGCCGCAGUCGUGUUGCGCAAUUCGCUGUCGGUCGUCUCAAAGUCGAUGUGUUUGAGCACCGAUGCCCAUCUUCUUUGUUCUGGUCCAGCCGGACAGAUCAAUAA